AUGGCUCCUGGGCCCCGUCCUGGCCCGCCAAUGCCCUUCCUGACCCCCCUUUGUGCCUGGCCUUGGCCCCUGGUUCUUGCUUCCUGCUCCGCCGCGGAGCUGGCGAUCGGCGUCCUCGCGCCGCUAUCGGAGUCCAGAAGCUUCAUUGCUGCCUUAGCUGCCCUGGACCUUGACCUGCGCAAGCACUACGAGGCAGCUCUGGUGGCCCGCUUCGGGCGGCCGGUGCUCGAAAUCGUGAAUCCGCAUGCGGGCCUUCAGAAUGUCACCUUCAGGAUGGGCACGACCAACAUGCAGCCCGAGAUUGGCCUCGCCACGGCUAUGGAGUUCCUGGUUGGCCUGGAUUUGGAGAAGCCUGUGGCCGGGCUCAUCGGCGCGGCGACCUCUGUGGUCUCAGGGCCCCUGGCGAUACUUGCAGGCGGACAAAAGGUGCCGCAGAUCUCCUUCGGAGCGACAGCCCCCACGCUCUCGAACAAGGAAAGCUACCCCUACUUCAUGCGCACGAUCCCACCGGAUAGCAUCCAAGCUUUGGCGUUCUGGGCGUGGCUGGUGGUCUUCAACGUCAAGUUUGCCUUGUGCAUGUACUCCGAUGAGGCGUACGGCCAGGGCAUCUUCCUGGCAUUGCAGGAGGAGGCCAUGGCAAAUGGCGAUCCGGAUCGUGUCGUAGGCCACCGACUACGAUACACGCCCCAAAGCUUCGAUGUCGACGAGGCACGCAGCGUGGCGCUUCACGUCAAAUCUCGUGGCUCCCGCUUCCUGCUCGUAGUGCUGGUGAAUAAUCUGGACCGUGUUCUCGGCGUCUUGGAAGAGGAAGGCAUGCUCAGCCCUUCAUGGCAAGUCCUUGGCUCCGAGUACGUCGAGGGCUUGCUGCCGGAGGCAUUCCCGGUUGGAUACAUGCGCAUGAACCCGCUCGACAGUGGCCCGAAGUUACAGGACUUUGCAGGCUUUUGGUCGCGGCUCACCCCGGAAGAUGUCGUCGGGGAAGAAGCGCGGUCGCGCUACAAGCUGGACAACCUCAAGGUUCCACUGGAGGACAGUCCAGCAGCGCCGAUCACGGACAGCCUCUUCACGGACGUGACGGGGCUCAGCUCGCAGGACCGCUUCCUCGUGGAUGCAGGGCACAGCUUCCUCCUGGCAAUCAACAGCCUCCUGAACCAAGGCGUCAGCCUGGGUGACGUGCGUGGGCAGAGGCUGCUGACGGAGCUGAGGAAGACAACAUUUGCCGGCAUCACUGGCUUCGUCGGCUUCGACGAGAGAGGAGAUCGGGCAAGCAACUACUACAACUUGCUGAACAUCCAGGUGGUCCAGGGACGCCGCGAGUGGGUGAAUGUUGGAGUCUUCUACCAGGCGCAGGGAGAGCUGAUCAUUUCCGGGCCCCUGACGUGGAUGGAUGGACAGCAAAGCCUGACCGUGCCGACACAUUUCUUCUUGGUGGCCGAGUGUGAGCUGGGCCUCUUCCAGGACGACCCACGCUGUCAGCCUUGCCCAAGAGGCUUCUUCUGCCUGGGUGGUAGCACCACCUACCAGGCGUGUCCGCGAGGAACCUUCACGAGCGAGGUUGGCAUGUCCAACUGCACACCUUGUGCCGUCGGGCACUUCGCGUCGACAUCGGGCUCGAGUGGCUGCCUCGCCUGCAAUCCUGGCACCCACGCCAACCGCACUGGCAUGGCGCUCUGUGACAAGUGCCCGAAAGGCACCUAUUUCAAUGACUCGGCCGCCGUCCACUGCACGCGAUGCCCACUGAACUUUACCACGGAGGAGUCGGGGUCCAUCGACAUCUCAGAGUGUGAGUGCGGCGAGGGUACGUUCCUUUGUGCCGGCAUUGGUUGUCUCACCUGCCCUAGGGGGCUCCGCUGCCCGGCGGGGCGGGGGCGGCCAGUGCAGCAAGCGGGAUACUGGUCUCCUCCUGCGGCACUCGACCAGUGCUCUUUCUCGGUGCUGCGGUGCCGGAACGGAUACCAGUGCCCACCCAACUCGGUGCUUGGCGUGUGCCCAGAAGGGCGUGAAGGAGCGGCUUGCAAUAGGUGCAAGGCCGGCCACUACCCGGUACCCCUCGGCAUCUGCGAGGCCUGCGAAAAUGAGCACGUCGUGUUUCCUGUAGUGGCCACAGUGGUGGUCACCUUCUUGUCGAUAUUGUUUCUGUCGACCAUCAACACGGACCUCCACCAGAAGAGUCUGAGCUUGCUUACAGUGGCGCUUAUUGGAGGGCAGCUCGUCAUAGCUGUGCAGGCGCUGGGCUCCAUCCAGCGGACGAACAUUCGAUGGGUGCCGCCGGUCCGGGACAUCAUCGUGAUCACCAAGCUGACAAUCUUUGAGUUCGACUUCAUCCGGAUCUCCUGCAUCUGGGGCUCGGACGACCCGGUUGGAGGCUUCGUUGUGAAGCUGUUGGCCUGCCCCGCCGGGCUGGUCAUCUUCUUCGGAGCGUGGGUGGUUGCGAGGCUGCGCGGCCGGACAACCGCCUUCGACGCGCUGUUCAACCUCUGGGGCAUGGGAGCCUUUGCCCUCUUCAUCGCUCUCACGCUGACCGUGACCGACCCGUUCCUGUGCGAGGAGAACCCGGAUGGAACAUGGUCGCUCUCCACCAACCCUGGUAUCAUCUGCUUCGCCUCCCCGGAGCACCGGGCCAUGGUGGGCCUGUCCCUGGCAGGGUUCAUCUGCUAUCCUGUGGCCAUCCUGACAUGGGCGGCCUAUGCAAUCAUCAUGUAUCCCGUGUGGAUCACCACUGGGGCUGGGCUCCGAUCUGUGAGCCGACAUCGCUUCCUCUUCCAGCGCUUUCGCCCGAGCCGCUACUACUACGGCGUGGUGGUGCUCCUGCGGAACUUCGUCGUGGCCUUGCUGCCAGUCCUCACCUCGGCGCUCCCGGCCGUGCAGGUGCCGCUGAUGGGCACCCUCCUCGUGGCCAGCGCCGUCCUGCAGGUUGGGAUAUGGCCCUGGCGGACGAAGGUCGCUAAUGUGGCGGACAUGAUGAUGGUCUGCUUCUUACAGGUCGUGCUCCUAGGCGCUGGGCCCCUCCUGGACAUCGGACAGGAGCAGUCUUCAGAGGUGCUGGGAUGGCUCCUCUGCAUCGCUGUUCUGUUGCCCAUGAUUGCUGGCUGGCUAGCCUUCUUCUACGCGGUGUACCGCCAGUACUGGCCCAAGAAGUACUUUGGUCUCUUCCUCUGCCAUCACAAAGCUGCAGCUGGGGCUCUCUGUCGGCUCAUCAAGAUCUUGGUGGCGAGAUAUAGCAGCACCGAUGUGUUCCUCGACUGCGACCACCUGGAGGACCUGGGCCUGCUUUUCACGACCCUUCGCCUCUCUUCCAAGAACGUUGUGGUCGUCUUGACCCCUGACUUGCUGAAGAGAAUGUGGUGUGCUGGCGAGAUCGUGACGGCCUUCAAGAACAAGGUCAACACGGUGGUGAUGAAGUGUGGUGACAUUGUGCCGCUGUCGACACAGGACACAGAAGAGAUCAACGGCAUAUGGACGGAGGACGAGAAGAAACUUCUGGGAGGUCACGGCAUCAGCAUGGACGACGUGAGGGAGGCCUACGCGUGGCUCCAAGGCCUCGACACCAUCUCGAUGCCUCGCUUUGGAGGCUUGGAGAUCCGCGAGCAGGCAGUGGAAGAGAUGCUGUCUCGCUGCCGGCUGCUGUCACUUCACCUGUCCUGGCACUGCAAAAGCACCGGGAACUCCGUAAAGCCACGGAUUCUCAUCACGGGCGCUGUCAAGGAGGCCGAGGCGCUGUCAGCAUGCGAGAUCCUGCAGAUCAACCUCCAGGCCGCCUUGUACGUGGAGUGCGCCGUGGUGCAGACAGGGGAGGAGACCCGGAGGCUGAGGCCUGGGGCCUUCUACUUCGUGGUGCUGCUUUCGCGGGGCAUGCUGCGGGACCCUGCCUUUGCGGAGAUCCUGAUCUCCUCUGGUGCCGGAUCCGAGACCGCAAGCCUGGAGAUCGUCACCGUGGUGGCAGAUGCGGCCUUCCAGUUUCCAGGGGCCAAGUUCUACACGGAGCUUGAGAAGAAUGGCCUGGAGACCUUGGGGCCCAAUGCGGGGCCGCGGCUGGCAAAGGCCUACAGAGCGAUGACUUCUCAAGAAGCAGACUUCAGAGAUUGCCCACCGCUUCCACCGCUACAAGAAGAAGUCCGUGAUUGCAGCCCUAGACUCAGCGGACGGGUCGGAGGAGCUGAGCAAUGCCCUGGACGAGGCGGAAGCCAUGUUCGCGGCUGUCGAGUCGCAGUUCGAGGUGGGUCGCCUAAGCACGGUGGAGCCGGAGCCGCAGACUUUCAAGUGCAGUCUCUGAUGCAGAGGUGA